ACUUUCUACUGUUGCUCUGAUUCCCAGAUUCGCUCGUGGCACUGCACUCCAGCUACGGCUGUGCAGGCAGUAGAAGCUGCACUACUACCAGGCAUUGACUUGACUUCGACAACAGUUUUGGUGGUCAUCCCCCGGUACGAGAAUGCCACGGUCCUCAAAAGCUUGGAACCUGCUAUUCAGACCUUAUUACGCUUUGGGCAUCUUAUUGCCGAAAUCGCUAGCCCGCGCUUAUUAGCUCCCUCCUAUGGCACUUGCGACAAACUGCAAAGUGGAAAGCACUCAUAUUGUUUCGAACCUGAUCCGGUUCCUCAGCGCCGGAAUGCCGUCGACUUGGACUUCGAUGACAUCCCCAUUGUCCAAGAAGGUCUUCGGAUCGCGAAAGUACCCAACCCCAGCCGGCGUGCCCGUCAUGACGGCUGUAAAAGCAGGAAUCGUUGUACCUGUUCUGGUUCAGCUGUACAGUAAUGAUCUCCACGGACAUACGCCGUACCUUGGCUCAUAUGGCUCAGUAUCUGCGCUGGGCUGAAGAUCAUGUCAUCGCCCAAGACCGUAUGCUGGACCUGGUGACCAUUGAUUCUUGUGGACAGUGCCAGCGCUCCAAUAUCCGGCACCGUCGAUGAAUGUCGGAGUAUAGGACCGAUGGGAGCAAACUUGUCGAAUGCCUUGGCGAAGAAGAACUGUCCAGACUGGCGCUCCUUCGCCUGGUGCAUGCGACAGGUGAUAUCGUUGCCGACAGUGUAGCCCAAAAUGUAUGACUGAGCUUCUGCGACU